GUGUCCUAUUGCCCCUCCCCUCUGUUCUGUGCCCCGCCGGGCGGGGACCGUCAGGGUCGCUGGCAAGCCAAAAGCCAGGAGCUGGUCCAGGAGGAACCUGGUCUGCACCUGUGGUUGCCAGAUAGGUGGAUGUGAGAGGCCCGAUUCUCCCGGUUCUCUAGAGGCUACCUCAUCGCCACUGGUACCAUGUUGUCGCCUCAGAGGGCUUUGCUCUGCAACCUCAACCACAUCCACCUCCAGCACGUCUCCCUGGGCCUGCACUUGUCCCGCCGGCCCGAGCUACGGGAGGGGCCCUUGAGCACAUCCCCUCCUCCAGGAGACACCGGGGGCAAGGAGAGCCGGGGCCCGUGCAGUGGGACCCUGGUGGACGCCAAUUCCAACAGCCCAGCAGUGCCCUGCAGAUGCUGCCAGGAUCAUGGGUCCAGCUUAGAAAACCGGCUGGACCCAUCACGAGAGGAGGAGGGGGCUGCCUCUCCCUCAGACCCGGGUUGCUCCUCCUCCCUCAGCUCCUGCUCAGAUCUUAGCCCAGAUGAGUCCCCGGUCUCAGUCUACUCUCGGAACCUGCCUGGUGAUGAUGAAGCCCACCUCCAGUCCAGUAUCAUCCCCUUGGAGCAAGGCUCCCCACUGGCGUCAGCAGGCCCUGGAGCCUGCUCCCCAGACAGCUUCUGCUGCUCUCCAGAUUCCUGCUCUGGAGCGUCCUCACCACCCGGCUCUGGUCUGGACUCGAACUGCAACGCCCUAACCACCUGCCAGGACCUCCCUUCCCCAAGCCUAGAGGAAGAGGAUGAGAGUGGGGAGCAGGAUCUCCCUACAUCUGAGCUCUUAGAAGUGGAUGAUGGGAAAAUCGAUGCUGGGAAAACGGAGCCCAGUUGGAAAAUUAACCCCAUUUGGAAAAUUGACACAGAGAAAACUGAAGGUGGAUGGAAAACCACCGAGAACGAUAACCGUAGUUGGGAAAUCAACGAAAAUACUAACUCUAGCUGGAAAAAUGAAUCUGGAAAAUUCAACUCUGGCUGGAAAACCAACACAGGAAUCAAUGAUUCCGGCUCGAAAACAGAUUCAGGGAAAAUUGAUGGGGGGUGGAGAAGUGACGUCAGCGAGGAGCCGGUGCCCCACCGGACAAUCACGUCCUUCCACGAGCUGGCCCAGAAGCGCAAGCGGGGCCCGGGGUUGCCCCUGCUGCCUCAGGCCAAGAAAGAUCGCAGUGACUGGCUCAUAGUGUUCUCCCCGGACACGGAGCUGCCCCCCACUGGCUCGCUGGGCAGCUCCUGCGCACCUACUCGGGAAGUCACCACCUUCAAGGAACUCAGAUCCCGAAGCCGGGCCCCGCCCCCGCCAGUCCCGCCCCGAGACCCCCCAGCCGGCUGGGCUCUGGUCCCGCCCCGGCCUCCACCCCCGCCCAUUCCUCCACGGAGGAAGAAGAACCGACCCGGGCUGCAGCCUAUAGCCGAGGGACUGCCCGACGAGGGCAGGGCGGGCAGCCCCGCAGCGGGCGAGGAGGCGCCCGCCGCGAAGGAGCCGGAGGAGGUCGGCGCUCAGGCAGGAGUCGCGGCCGGCCUGCUCCGGCCCCGGCGGCCGCGGGUUUUCCGGCUCUCGGCCCACGGGCGCCCCCUGGCGGCGGGUGGGGCCGCGCGCGCGGCCGCGUCCCUGCACUUGGCGCCCCCGGCGGGGCCGCGCACAAGGCUGCGGGGGCCGCACCUGCCGGUCCGCCAGUCCCCGGUGGGGGCCUAUUCGCCGCCGCCGCGGGGAGCGCUGCCCUGCCUCGCCGGCCCGGAGCUGGCACUGCUGCUGUCCCCGCUCUUCCCCAGAAGCAGCACCUUCCCCGCCACAGCUCCCCCGCCCCGCCAGGUACCCGCCCCCCCGCUGCCACCGCCACCUCGUCCGCCGAAGGCCCCUCGCUGGACUCGGAGCCCGCCGCCUCCGCCCAGGCUACUUCGUGGUUCCUGGUCGUUCGCCGGUGUCCCCGGGGCUCAGCGAAUGUGGAUGGCAGAAGCCCAGAGCGGGACUGGCCAGCUACAGGAGCAGAAGAAAGGUCUCCUGGUCGCCGUCAGUGCCUCGGUGGACAAAAUCAUCUCACAUUUCGGGGCUGCGCGGAACUUGGUUCAGAAGGCCCAGUUGGGGGACAGUCGGCUGAGCCCGGAUGUGGGGCAUUUGGUGCUGACCACCCUCUGCCCUGCGCUUCAUGCCCUGGUGGCAGAUGGGCUGAAGCCUUUUCGGAAGGACCUCAUCACCGGGCAGCGCAGGAGCAGCCCCUGGAGCGUGGUGGAGGCGUCGGUGAAGCCAGGCUCGGGCAGCCGUGCCCUCGGAGCCCUGUACAGCCAGGUCAGCCGCCUGGCCCCGCUGAGCAGCAGCCGCAGUCGCUUCCACGCCUUUAUCUUGGGCCUCCUCAACACUAAGCAGCUGGAGCUGUGGUUUUCCAGUCUCCAGGAAGAUGCAGGCCUGCUGUCCCUCCUGUACCUCCCCACAGGAUUCUUCUCCCUGGCCCGCAGUGGCUGUCCCUCUCUGUCCACAGAGUUGCUGCUCUUGCUGCAGCCGUUGUCAGUGCUCACCUUCCACCUGGACCUCCUUUUCGAGCACCAUCACCACCUGGCCCUGGGCCCGACCCAGGCACCUGCGCCCCCAGGCCCACCUCCAGCCCUGCAGCAGACAGUGCAGGCUGUGCUGCACUGGGGCGGGCGUUUGGCCCAGAGCCUUCGGGGUGCUUCCAGGGAGGCUGCUCCAGGCCCCUUGGUACCCCCAAGCCCUCCCACACCUGGCAGCUGGUGGGAGCAGCUGACCCAGGCCUCUCGGGUCUAUGCCUCUGGGGGCACAGAGGUCUUCCCUCUUCCCCGGUGGGGACUCGGACGUCAUGGAACUGCCACCGAAGGUACACAGGAGAGACCCCCAGCUACAGAGGAAACAGCACCAGGCGGAGGCAUGUGGCUGGGGAGGCUGUUUGGAGUGCCUGGAGGCCCUGCAGAGAAUGAGAGUGGAGUCCUGAAGUCCAGGAGGCCAUCUAGCUGGUUGCCCCUGACAGUAAGUGUGUUGGCUCUGGUGAGACGGGGGCCAGCUCCUGAGACUCCUCCUGGAGAGCUGAAAGCCUUGGUGCCCAGCACGGUGCAGACCCACAGGGCAGUUCGGGCUCUCUGUGACCACAUUGCUGCAGGACCUGACCAGUUGAGCUUCCGCUGUGGGGAAGUGCUGCGUGUCAUUGCCACAGUGGAUGAGGACUGGCUGCGCUGUGGGCGGGAUGGCUCGGAGGGGCUGGUGCCUGUUGGGUAUACCUCCCUCGUUCUCUAGCCCUGAGCCUUUCCUUCGCUGUACAUGUUUCUCUCCUGUCACCUGGGAAUGGAAUGGUCCAUGAACAGUAAUCCAUGUAAACCUACCAUCCCAGGGGCUUUUUCCCUGUUGACAAAAUGGCAUUUCUUCCCAUAUCCAUUUCUACCAAUAUUUAAAACAAAUUUCCCUUCCUUCCUCCCAUACCCAUCUGUAAGGUGAAAUCUGCUCUUCCAAAUAUAUAAAAGGAAUUGCCCUCCUGUAAUCUCUUUCCUUUUUCCCAUCUGUGUAAGGACUUCUUAUCUGCAAGAUGGAAAUCCAGCCCUCCUCUCUUCAUGCACAAGUGGACUGUGCCAGCAGAGCAUAUGCCUUGGCCGCCCCAAGCUAGAAGGCCCCGUUCCCCUUCUGUGUAUGGACUCCCACUCUGCCUCCCCCUGCCUGUGUUGAUCUGUUCACGCUGCAGUAUUUGCCGAGCCUGACACCCCUGGUGGGUGGCCUGUGCUGGUGGGCUGCCUCUUCUGUCUCAAUAAAGUGUGGGAGCUGAA